CAAAAGGAUUUGCCUCUCAAAUAAUUUCUCUAACGGCCUCCAAAACAAUGAUAAAUGAUUAAAAAUUCUCAACUCCGCAAAAGGAUUUGCCUCUCAACUCCACGUCUGGAUUGGUUUUCGAAUUUCUCAACUAUUGGUCAAUGGAAUUUCAGCAUAAGAGAAGCUGUAAACCAUGGUUAUUCCCACAAAGCCCUCACUCUCUUCCGCAAAGUAAAGCAAAAUGGCAUCGAACCAAACAAUCUGACAUUCUCCCCUGUAGCAAAAGCAUGUGCCAAGAUAUCCAAUCUCAAAUACUCCCAAAUCAUUCACACCCAUGUCGUCAAAUCUCCAUUUUGGUCUCAUAUCUUUGUGCAAACAGCAAUUGUUGACAUGUAUGUCAAAUGCAAUCAGUUGGAUGAUGCACACAGGUUGUUUGUGAGGAUGCCCGUGAGAGAUGUAGCUUCUUGGAAUGCAAUACUUCUUGGGUUUGCUCGAUCGUGUUUUCUUGAUAGAGUUUCAUGUCUUUUGCAUGAGAUGAGGUUUGCGGGGAUUCAGCCUGAUUCAGUUACAGUUAUGGGGCUAACUCAAGCGGUUUUGCAUACUAAGAGUUUGAAAUUGGUAAAAUCGCUUCAUUCAUUUGGAAUUCAAAUUGGCAUAGAUGCUGAUGUUUCGGUUGCUAACACUUGGAUUGCUGCAUAUGCCAAAUGUGGUGACUUGGGGUUGGCGGAGUUGGUAUUUAAUGAGAUCAACAUAAGUGUGAAGACGGUUGUCUCAUGGAAUUCCAUAAUCGCAGGGUAUGCAAAUUUUAAAAAUUUCUUUGAUUCUGUUAAUUCUUACAAAUGCAUGUUGUAUAACGGAUUUAGACCUGAUUUAAGCACCAUUAUUAGUAUACUUUCAUCAUGUGUGCAAUCAGAGGCAUUAUUUCAAGGUAUGCUGAUUCAUUCUCAUGGAAUCCAAUUGGGUUGUGAUUUAGAUAUAGCUGCGGUCAAUACCCUUGUGUCUAUGUACUCUAAGUGUGGAGAUGUAGAUUCUGCAAGAUUUUUGUUUGACAGCAUGUCUGAAAGAACUUGUGUUUCUUGGACUGCUAUGAUUAGUGGGUAUGCUGAAAAAGGGGAUAUGAAUGAGGCGUUGGCCUUGUUUAAUGCCAUGGAAGCAGCUGGUGAUAAACCUGAUUUGGUCACUGUGCUUUCUUUGAUCUCAGGUUGUGGCCAAAUAGGUGCACUUGAGCUUGGGAAAUGGAUUGAUGACCAUUCCAUUUCAAAUGGAUUAAAAGAUAAUCUAAUAGUUUGCAAUGCAUUCAUCGACAUGUAUGCAAAAUGUGGAAGUAUAAAUGAUGCUCGAGAGCUCUUUUAUGCCAUUCCUGAGAGAAGUGUUGUCUCUUGGACAACUAUGAUUGCAGGUUGUGCUUUAAAUGGAGAAUUUACAGAAGCUCUGUACCAUUUCUAUCUGAUGUUGGAGUUGGGACUGAAGCCAAACCACAUAACAUUUCUUGCUGUUCUUCAAGCUUGUACUCACGGAGGUUUACUUGAGAAAGGAUGGGAGUGCUUUGCUAUGAUGACUAGAGAAUAUGAUAUAAGUCCUGGAUUAGACCAUUAUUCCUGUAUGGCAGAUCUUCUUGGACGCACAGGAAGGCUAAAAGAAGCAUUGGAGUUUGUCCAAAACAUGCCUAUCAAGCCUGAUGCAGGCAUAUGGGGUGCAUUGCUUAGUGCUUGCAAGGUUCACCGUAACAUAGAGAUUGGUGAAUAUGCUUCAUGCCAACUCUUUGAAUUGGAACCCCAGGUGGCAGUUCCAUACGUGGAGAUGGCUAACAUGUAUGCAUCAGUAGGAAGGUGGGAUGGGGUUGCAGCAAUAAGAACAAAAAUGAAGUCUUACAAAGUGAGAAAAUUUCCUGGACAAAGCCUCAUUCAAGUGAAUGGGACAACUCAUAUAUUUACAGUUGAGCAUAGAGAUCAUCCUGAAGCCAGGCUUAUAUAUGAAAUGUUGGAUGCUUUAAGUUUGCAUUUGAAGAAAGGAUGCUUGCAACAUGCAGAUGGAGCUGAACAUGAUUUGUGAUCAUGGAGUGGUGCUUUUGGCUUGGUCAGUCGUUGUAGGAAAGAUCCUCAACAUAGAUGACCUGAGGAAGCGCCAAGUCAUAGUGAUUGAUUAGCGCUAUAUGUGUAAGAGGAGUGGGUAGUCUAUGGAUCAUCUUUUUUCCAUUGUGAGAUUGCUAUGACCUCAUGGAGUGCUUUCUUCAACCGAGUUGGGUUAGCUUGGGUUAUGCCAAGACGAGUGGUAGACCUUUUCACUUGUUGGAAAGGAAUGUGAGGCAGUCUUCAAAGUGUAGCAGUGUGGAAAGUGGUUCUUUAGAGAUAAAGAAAUAAUUCCUACAUGAGGGAACGUCAUUUCUGCAGCUUGGGAUUCUAUUUUUGAAGGUUCACUUGCUUACACUCUUACCAAAAAAUUGAAAUCUACGAAAGUAGCUCUUAAGACAUGGAAUAGUCUACAUUUUGGGAAUAUCCAGCAGAGGAUCACCUCUCUUACUAGUCAACUUGAUGCAAUCCAACAGUCCAAUAUCUCCAUCAAUUCCUACAAUGAAGAAAUUUUUCUAAAAAAAGAAUUGGAUGAACUAUUCAUAUUAGUAGAAUCUCUUUGGAGGAAUAAAUCAAGAGAAACUUGGCUCACAUGUAAAGACUUAAAUACCAAAUUCUUUCAUGCCUCCACAGAUCAAGAGAAGAAGAAAUACAAUUGAUUAUCUUAAAUUACAGUCUAGGGCUUGGAUCUCUGAUAGGCCAGCUAUUGGAAGCUAUUUUUCUAAUCAUUUUACCUUAUUAUUCUCCUCUUCCGAGCCUGUUAUUUCUGAUGAUCUCUUCAACUU